CCAACCUAUUUGCUUUUCAGAAGACUGAUCUGAAUAGACGGAUGCGGUGGAUAACAACUGUCCCCCAACUCAAGAUGGAGGGGAAUUCGCGACGCCGGCUGAUGGAGCAGGUGAACUCUGUGGUGACCAAGGUGGCCCCGGGCCUGCUACACUAGUAAAGGAAGCCCACCUUUUGCGGGACAUUGUUCCCAACUCCAAGCGCAUGGCUAACAAUAUGAUAUUGGCGCCGUAUCUGACUUCCGACGGCGGAGCUGAAGGGAGUAUCUACCGCCGGUCUCAGGCUCUAAGCACUUAUUUUCAGGUAAUACGUUUUUGUGCCUGCUGUGACAACUGUGGAUACCCCAUCAUGGCGUUCUUUGUGCCGUCAAAUUUUGAUGGUAGCCCAUAGCAGCUCCAUUGUCUCAAACGCAGUUGUUGCCCUUUCACAGCUCCACUUCAUCAGAUUCUCUCAGGACAUGCUCAAGCAGAAGCCGUCUCGAUCUCUUCAGUUAGAACUCUUAAUGGCGCUUUUCCUCCUUACCUGCUUUGAGCUGAUUGACGAGGAGGACAUCCAUCGAACCCGCCAGACUGAAUGGGCAGACUACCUUUUGCAAGAAUUUGUAGAAACGGAUUCUAUGACUGAGCAGAUCAUUCAUUGGCUUAUUCUCUGCGACGUUAAGCUUGUUGUUUUUGGAGGAAGCGGAACCAUAUCCCGACGUUCACCACAUGUAUACGACCUUGGAAGCUGUAAGCCAAGCCCACAAUCAGACGUGGCUGUGGAAGAAACAACCACCCAACACUUUACAACCGAGAAUUCUGUAUCCCUUUCCCCUGAUCGACUACGAGAAGGCGUAAGUCAUCGGGAAACUUCAGUAGCGUGGAGCCAUCCAUGUAGCCCCGUUCUUGUGUUGAAGGAAGGCAUUCUCCGUGACGCGGUCGUUUUCCACCGUCGAUCGCAACAGUUUCUCCGAAAAAUUGCUAUGCUGGACCGCCACCACCGGUCUCGUGGUUCAGCACAGGAUGAGGCGGAAGUCACUACAACCGCAGGAAGACUCGCUAACGAUCUUCAUCGGCUCUCGCAUGAUCGACCCUCCAUUAUGCAUUGCAGCCCAGAAGAUCUUCACCAGUUAUUAUAGAUCAAGCUGGCGCGAGAUGUUUCCCGAGUAAUUUGUGUAUUUCGGGCGUGUUUCUGGUCGAAAUUCUGUUAUCUUUAUCGAGCUGCAUGGUGGCACCAUUCAAUUCAAGGCGAUGAAAAACUCGCUGCAGAUGAAACGUGGAGGGCACUGCGUGGGCAGUGUAGACCAACCCUUUGACAGACUGGGCGAUUCGACUAAAGUUACUGUCGACGCGGAGCCCCAUUUGAACAGCGCAUCAAUGUGGGCCUUUUUUACAUUUACCACAGUGUUCAGAUCCUGUAAAGGAGGCAUGGUGUGUGGCUAAGCUCCGACAGCUAAGCGUGGCCAAGCACUUUGGC